GUGGCAGCUCCCUCUCCGGGAGUCAGAGGGACCCAACGUCCACCCUGCGCUCUGUGGAUGAGCAGCACAGAUUAAAGUUUACAUUUUAUUUUUUCCUCUGCUUUUUUUUUUUUUUUUUUAAAUUUAAUUUGUGUUUUCAUCUGAAGUAAAGAAACUUUACCGGGACACUCCUUUGGGCCCUCAACCGCUGCGUUCAAGCAGCCUCCAAAACUUUUCGUCAUGGGGAUCAAAGCUGCUCUACCCAAGUAUGAGCUCUACUUCUACAACACCGUGCUGUGUCUGGCCAUGUUCUGGGCCGCCAGCUGGAUCUUUGAAGUGUCGAGCUCCAAUGCAAACAGAAAGGCAUUUAAAGCCAGCGUGAAGCCAGGAUACUUUGGGAGAAAAAUGGACACUGCCGAUUUUGAGUGGAUGAUGUGGUUCUCCACCUUCAGAGAGCACAUCCUGUUUGCCCUUUCUGGUCAUGUGCUCUUUGCCAAGAUCGGCACCAUGCUGGCCCCUCAGUACAGGUCCCUGGUUUACAUGGUGUACGGUCUGCUGGCAGUAUGGACCAGCAUGGGUUGGACCUACGUGUCCCUCAUGCUGUCCCACUGUAUCCUGCUCUACAGCAUCUCCUUAGUGAAAAUCCGCUGGCUCUGCUUCGUCGCUGGCCUCUGCACCCUCGCCACCUUCAAGUGCGAACCCUUCGUGUCCUGGCAGGCCGGUUUUGUGGAGGGAGACUUUGAGCUGCGGCACGUCCUCUUCUACGGAGGCUGCGGGUUCACCAUCAUGCGCUGCAUGAGUUUUGCUUUGGAAAACUGCGAAAGGAAGGAUGGCAACUACAGCAUCCUGGAGCUGCUCAAGUACAACUUCUACCUCCCUUUCUUCUACUUCGGACCCAUCAUGACCUUUGACAAGUUUUAUGGGCAAGUCAACAAGUCUGACCUGACUAGAAAAGAAAGGGAGAUGUGGAACAUCAGCCUGCAGGGUCUGAUCCACUUGGGAGUUAUCGUCACCGUGGACGUCCUCUUCCACUUCAUGUACUUCCUCACCAUCCCCACUGACAUAAAGCUCCUGAAACACCUCUCUGACUGGGCUCUGGUGGGUCUGGCCUACAUCAACCUCGUCUAUGAUUGGGUGAAAGCAGCCGUCAUGUUUGGAGUCAUCAACACGGUGUCCAGACUGGAUCACCUGGACCCACCCAAGCCACCAAAGUGCAUCACCAUGCUCUAUGUGUUCUCUGAGACGCACUUUGACAGAGGGAUUAAUGAAUGGUUGUGCAAGUAUGUUUAUGAUUAUCUGGGUGGGAAGCAUGACAGUGUGGUAGAGGAGCUGGUGGCUACGCUUUGCACCUAUGGCGUCACCAUCCUCUGGUUGGGCCCCUGCGAGGUGGUCCUAUUCUGGGCUUUCUUCAACUGCUUCGGCCUCAACUUUGAACUGUGGACCGCCAAGGUCUUCUCCAUGGAGCCGUUUGCAUCCUUUGAGAUGGCGAUGUCAGAGGCAAUGUCCCGCCGCAUAAGAGCAAUCUUCAACACGUUCAACUUCUGGUGCAUUGUGCUGUACAACCUUAUGGCUCUGAAUAGUUUGGGUUUUGUCAAGUUGGUCGCCAAACGACUGCUUCUCAAAGGAUUCCCUAUAACUACUGUCGUCGUCAUGUUUGUGACCUACUGUCUGGUUCAAGUGAUCAAGGAGCGAGAGAGGACACAGGCCCUCAUCGAUGACCCUGACCCACUUCCUCCUGCGCCCCCUCUCAAUGCCGCCACGGCCACCGGUCCUCCCGCUGACGCUCCACAGGCGGUGGCUGAUCCCAGCAAAGAAAAAGCGGAGUAGAAAUGAAACGUUCAGCUAAAAUGGUUCAGAGACUAACAUCUAGUCCAGAGUAUCAGAACCUUCAUUAUGUACUGAUGAGCUUUCAUAACAUGAAUGUUUAAUGAAUCGAGAAAGCCACAGGCCGUUAAAAAAAAGAUUGAUCAUAUUUAUACCCAAGGGAUUAUUUACAAUUAGUGAAAAGCAUUUAGUAAUAACUGAUGUAACAUAAUGUACAGUCCUGGAGCUAUAAAUGUUUUAUUAAAAAAGCACAGAUGUCCCUAAUGUCAUUAUUAUAUGAAACAGGAAGAUUACUUUUUUUUUCUCGUUAAUAAAAAUCUUUUUAACCUCA